CGUCUCGCACAGGGGCAUUGGCGUCGACGUUUUUUUCUGUGUUUUUUUUAUUCGUGAGGUUUUUUUUGUUUUUUUAUUUUCUCAGUGUGAUGAACAGGGAGAGGGAUGGAGGCUUAAGGGGUUGUGGCAUUGUUGUUUUCAAGCGGGAGUGCAUUUGUUUAUUGUCGACUUUAAAAAUAGGCCGCAUAGUAGCAAGCUAGCUAACAAAAGCUGAAAUUAAUGGAGGCAAGUUAGCUAGUCAGCUAACCUCAAGGAGCUAUCUAGCUUCUACGUUAACUAACUAGCUCAGAUUUCACUCCUGUUGUUGCUAGAUAAUUAACUCGCUAGUUAACAUCAAUAGCAGUCUAUCAAGCUUGCCACCAGACAUUUAGCUGAAAGAAAGGGUAGGCGAGUGUUUUAUUGUAACGUUAGGUGACGGUCGGCGGCUAUCCCGUUGGCUGGCAAGCUGUCUUGUGUGUGUGUGCCCUGGCCUGGGAUAGGACUUACUAUAACUUGACAGAACUCAAUGUUCCACUUCAGAAUGAAAUAAUGGAAGAUUCCCAUUUCAACUCAUCAUACUUUUGGUCUCCCGUUCCUACAGUACAAGGACAGAUUGAAAAUGCCAUGUUCCUGAACAAGAUGAAGGAGCAGUUGAGUCCAGACAAUAAGGGUUCUCCAUCGUUCCCUCACUCCUCGCACUAUCCCACCGCCGUGCUCACCAUGGACGCUGGAGGCCGGGUGGUGCCCAAACAGGAAGGUGGAGGCGUCCAAUUGAACGCCAUAGGUGGGCACCUGCACCAGCCGCACACCUCACAGAAUAUCACGGUGGUGCCCGUCCAGUCCGCGGGCAUCAUGACGGCAGCGGGGCUAGUGAUAACCACUCCCCAAGGCACCCUGGUCUCUCAACCCACCUCCACACAAUCUUUUGUGUCCGGACCCCCUGCCACCACCAUGAUAGUGUCCUCACUGCACCCCACAAACACAGAGAGCAGCCAGCACUCCUCUCUCUACUUCUACAGCCACAGCAAGAAAGAGGAUUUGGUCAUCCCUCCUGCUGUCAUGCCAACGCCCGGGAAGCGGGGCAGGAAGAAGAAGUCAAUGAUGUCGAGGGCGGGCGCCACCCUCCCCCCAGGAAGUGAUGCGUUGAUUCUGGCACACCUGGCUGCUGGGGGACAGCACCACACUGCCGACCAUUAUGACUUAUCAAAUGAUGAGGAUGAGCAUGGGAACAAAGAUGGGACCAAAUCAUACAGGUGCCGGAUGUGUGCGGUGACGUUCUUCAGUAAGUCGGACAUGCAGAUCCACGCCAAGUCUCACACGGAGGCCAAGCCGCACAAGUGCCCCCACUGCUCCAAGUCGUUCGCCAACUCCAGCUACCUGUCCCAGCACAUCCGCAUCCACAGCGGGGCCAAGCCCUACACCUGCUCCUACUGCCAGAAAACAUUCAGGCAGCUCAGUCACUUACAGCAGCACACACGAAACCACACUGAGGGCAAACCGCACAAGUGUCCCCACUGCUCCAAAUCGUUCUCCAACUCCAGCUACCUUGCCCAGCAUAUCCGCAUCCACAGCGGGUCCAAGCCCUACACCUGCUCCUUCUGCCAGAAAACAUUCAGGCAGCUCAGUCACUUACAGCAACACCACAGGAUCCACACGGGGGAUCGACCUUACAAGUGUAUCCAUCCUGGCUGUGAGAAAGCAUUCACUCAGCUGUCCAACUUACAGUCUCACCGCCGGCAGCACAACAAAGACAAGCCGUAUAAGUGCCACAACUGUAACCGCGGUUACACAGAUGCGGCCAGUCUGGAGGUGCACCUGACCACUCACACGGUCAAACACGCCAAGCUUUACUCCUGUGGCCUGUGCAACCGCGCCUACACCUCGGAGACCUACCUGAUGAAACACAUGCGGAAGCACAACCCUGACCCCCUCACGGUGGCGGCAGCCAUCGCCGCCCAGCAGGCUCAGGGCCACACCCCCGGAGGAGGGGGCAGGGGGAGGGGCCGUGGGAGAGGAGGAGGCGGGGCAAAUGUAGUGGGUGGUCCUGGAGGGGCGGGCCAGAACCCGGGGCAGAACCAGUCCCAGAACCCCAACAACCCUCAGCAGGGCAGCUACCCACAGACGGAGGGCGUGCCAUGCUCCUUCGACCUGCACCAGUACAAGACGGUGUCGGCCGGCGAGAUCCAGUACAAGCCAGUCAGCGUGGCUGAUCUAUCGGCCCAUAAGGACCUCUGCUUGACCGUGUCCACCUCAGCCAUCCAGGUGGAGCACAUGAACUCAUAGAGCGGGAGGAUGGACAGAGGGGAGGAGAGGAGUUUGAACAGAGCAGAAGAUAGACAGAAUGGAGAGGGAGGGAGGGAGUUGGAGGCUGGGGUCACUUUAAAUGGGAGGAUAGGCUCAUUGUAAUGGCUGGAAUGGAAUAAAUGGAACUGUGUCAAACACAAUCAAUGUGUUUGAUUCCAGCUAUUUCAAUGAGGCCGUUCUCCGAUUUUUCCUCCCACCAGCCUACACUGACAGGGAGAAAGGACUAAGUAAAAGCGACACUGCCUUGUGGUUGGCGAAGGAAUGGAUGGAAGAAUGAGGUUUGGCGAUGCAAGACCCAAUCAGAGAAGGAAAGGAGGGCGUGAAGAGGAAACCUGAGAUGAAGAGGAAGUAUGGGAUAUGUAGUCCAGUAUUGAAUGAAGAGAUGAUCUAUGAAUGGUUCAAAGAAGGCACUUAAAGGAGAAGACAUCGAAAAGAGAUGGGGGGGGGGGGGGGGGGGGGGGGGGGGGGGCUGAUAUAAAGAAGGCACUUGAUCAAUCUUGUAUUUUUACCCUCAUGGUUUCUCAUUGUUUCACUUAUUAGUUGUAUGUAUAUUAUCAUAUGUAUGUAUUUUUCUACCAACGACGUGGGGAAGUAAAAAGAUUGUGCAAGGAAAGUGAGUGAGAAGAAACAUCAAGAAACAGAGCAGAUUUUGUAUUUAAGAAUGAUCAUUUUCUAUAUUCCCAACUCAUUCUUGCAAAGCAAGGGGUAUGGGGGAGAAAGGCAGAUUGUGUUGAAACAAUGAGGUACUUUUAACAGGUUUUUUUUUUUUUUUUUUUAACCUUUCAUACAGAGUAUUAGUACCUUCGUUAUUCUUAUUGUACGCAACUAUCAAUGUUAUCCUCAUUAUUAUCCAUUGGAAGAUACUGUAAUCUAUGUAGAUAUGCAGUACCACUCAAAAGUUUGGACAUGCCUACUCAUUCCAGGGUUUUACAUGGGUACUACAUGAGUCCAUGUGUGUUAUUUCAUAGUGUUGAUGUCUUCACUAUCAUUCUACAAUAUAGAAAAUAGUCAAAAUAAAGACAAUCCCUGGAAUGAGUAUGUGUCCAAACUUUUGACUGGUACUGUAUAUAGAAGUGACUUUUUUUUCAUUCAAAAAAGGGAAUGAUGUACUGCCUCUGUAAAGAAAAAACAGCGAUCUAAAUACAUAUGAAAAAGAAAACAAAAUAACUUCAAAAGUAUGAAUCGUUGACAUGUAUUUGUAACCCGUCCAAUCACAGAGCUCUAUUCUGCUCUGUGUAUUUAUUGAGCUGGCUUGUGAUUGGCCGGUGAUCUUACGUAUACUCCUUGUACUUCAUUAUGUGUCUUUUGAAAUAACACAGUUCUCAUUAUUCUUAUUGUUAUCGCUCCUAAUGCCGUUAUUAACUACCCUUAUGCUACACUCGCUGUAUAUGCACAGUACACAUUCAUAUGAACAGACUGUUUCUCCUCGUAAGGACAAUAAAUUGAGACAGUCGAGAUGACGAUCUUUCUGUCCGAUUCACCUUUUCCUGCAUGCCGUGGCCAGUCAGUUUGAAGGUAUUGUAUCAAUGUACAGUACACAGGUAAAUUAUACAUUGAAAUAGUGUGGAAUAUUGUGUAUGCUGGGUUAUUGUGUUAGGGACCCUAAUUUGCCAUUAGUGUCCCCUGUGCCAUGCCCAUUUCACAACCUUCAUACACACAAGCACCAAAGAAGACGAGGGUUGUGGUUAAUAGAAUCAAAGGAAUUCUGUAUUUGAUAUCAUUUAAGGGUAUAUGUUUCCUACAAAAUACAAAUGUCUGAGGUUCCUCAUGACACUAGUGCACAGCCAUUUGAAAACAAUACAGAGACACAUUACAAUUUUGGCAAGUCUUCAAAAACAAAGUAAACAACACACUAUUCUAAUAUAACUCAAAGAAAACGACAUGAAACCAGUCCAUGGAAUUCAUCUCAUUAUUUUCAUUAAAUGUAUAGUAUGUAACUUUUUCCCAAGCUUGGUUUGGUUUUCACUGAAACAUGCCAUUUAAGAAUAUAUAAUACAGCAACUGUUGGUAUUAUUUCUUGGUAAAACAAGAGGCAACCAUGAAAGUAGAUUGUGUCCUGGUUAUAGUAAGAUGCAACACAGAAACAGGGUAACAUUGUGUUAGUCAGGAUAAGGAGGUUUGAUUACUCUUGUCUUGUGAUGCAACUGAAGGUAAACGCUUUUUGACAAAGCCAGACCAAGACGCUGAGCUCAGAAGGUUCUUUAAGAAAGUAUGAUAAAUGUGACAACUUGACAGAAACAGCUGAUUUUAGAUAUGAUUUUCUUAUCUUUGAGUACAGUACAACAUGUUUUAAGCUAAAUUGAACAGACAUUUUAACAUACUUCACUAAAACAGGUACUGUAGAGGCAGUUCUACAGUAAUUACAACAUCCAAAAUAUCCCUUAUUUUGAUGCUUUGGACAUAUUUUGAACCUCUGGUUCAGUCCCUGGUUUGGUUACUUAUCCAUAGCGGGAGUACCUGUUAUGGGUCAUGCCUUCAGGCUCCUGACAAAUUACAUAGAAAAAACCCAUAAAUAAAUACAACAACAAAAAAAA